ACCACUAGGUGUCCGGAAGUGCUCCGGUCAGACUGGCAGAGAGCGCUGGAAGAAGCCCGCCGCCCCGGCCUCUGUGUGUGGAGGGUUAAAGCGUGAGCGAGGAGCAGGAAUGGCUGCGAGCACCGGGGUCUGGACGUCUCUGCAGCGUAGACCGAGAGGAGGCGUGACGCUGCGUCCGGAGAUUUUUUGAGCUUCAAUUAUGUUAUUUAUUCGGGACGACGUCUAUAAAGAAUAUGCAAACAUGAUGCUGAAUAUUGUCGUUCUGUCUAUGAUCCUUUGCAUAUCGUUGUCCUUCUGGAUAAUAUCAAUUACUGCAAGUACAUAUUACGGCACUCUGCGGCCCAUAUCUCCGUGGCGAUGGCUGUUUUCUGUAGUCAUUCCUAUGAUUAUUGUUUCCCAUGGCUUAAAAAGAAAGAGCUUAGAUAGCAGUGGAGCUCUAGGAGGGCUGCUGGUCGGUUUUCUUCUGACGGUCGCUAACUACAGUUUUUUCUCAGCUCUUCUUAUGUUCUUUUUUACAUCCUCAAAACUCACAAAAUGGAAGGGAGAGCUUAAGAAGAAGUUUGACUCUGAGUACAAAGAAGGUGGACAGAGAAACUGGGUACAGGUGUUCUGUAAUGGGGGUGUACCUGCAGAGUUGGCUUUGCUGUACAUGGUGGAAAAUGGUCCUGGAGAGAUACCGAUUGACUUUUCCAAGGAAUACACUGCCUCAUGGAUGUGUCUGUCACUUCUUGGGGCCCUUGCCUGCUCAGCUGGGGAUACUUGGGCUUCAGAGAUUGCCCCAGUCCUCAGCAAAAGCUCUCCUCGAUUGAUAACCACUUGGGAGAAGGUUCCUGUGGGUACAAAUGGAGGCAUCACAUUCAUAGGUCUCGUUGCGAGUCUUCUUGGUGGCUUAUUUGUUGGCAUAGCUUAUUUUGUCGCUCAGCUUAUGUUUGUGAAUGAUUUAGAAAUUGCUGCCCCACAAUGGCCAAUUAUUUGGUAUGGUGCGAUGGCGGGCUUGCUUGGCUCAAUCCUAGACUCUUAUCUUGGAGCAAUAAUGCAAUAUACGGGUUUUGACGAGAACACGGGGAAGAUUGUCAAUCAUCCAACAAGCGGUGCAAAACUGAUAUCUGGGAAGCCCAUCCUGGACAACAACGCUGUAAACCUGUUUUCAUCAAUCCUCAUAGCAAUUUUGCUACCGGGAGCUGCCUGGAGUAUUUGGCCCAGAACAUAAAUUAUUGCACAAUGGCAAGUGCACAAAAUACUGCAAAAAAUAAUACUGACUGUGUGGUAUAUCUUAGGUUUGCAUGGGACAAAAUAUAUGUGAUAUCACUUAAUAUCAUUCGGCGAAAAUAAUACUAAUGAACACUGAAUGAGUAAUAAUACAGCCACACUCUCUUUUAGCACUUCAUGUAUGCACCUGAGGCAGUGUACAAAUAGUUAAACUUCACCAGCUAAAACUAUAGCCCGACUCAUUUUGGUGUAACACUUAAGCACUGUGUAUAAAGGGUGAUUUCUUUUAAAAUUUAGACUUGAAAUAAAUAGUAAAGUAGAUGAUGUGAUAUAACUGCACAUCAGCCGAUUUUCUGAUCUUUUAGAGAAUUGUAAAUAUUGUUUUUUGCAGUUGCUAAUUUUAAUGUGUCAAGUGGACCAAGACUU